AUGCAGUUAGCUAUGUGGCAGGAAAUAGGCACCGGUCACUGGUGGUCACGGAGCAGUUACACAGGAGCUCUCCUUUCUAAUGUCGCCGCGUUUAUUCUCCCUGCACUGCAUGGAACCUUGUCCAAAUUGUGGAUCGCAAAGAUCGACUCUUCGAUGGUCGUCACCACUGAUGUAUACACAUACAUAGGUGUGGUGGGAGAGGUCAUCAAUGAAGGGCUUCCACGAGCAGCCUGGGUGAUUAUCGGGGACAAAGCAUCUCGGUCACUGGGAUCUCGCCCCCAGCUAGCACGCACACUCAUCAUCUUUCAGACAAUUUUUGGUCUAAUUAUAAGUAUUAUCUUUGCUUCAGCUGCCAGUCAAUUCGCGUCAGCAUUUGUUCCUGCCCCUGUUCGUGAUGGCAGUGUAUCCUAUGUUCGAAUCAGCGGGUUCUCUGCUUUGAGCUCGGCGAUCGAGAUUGCUGUUUCAAACGCUACACGAGCGUUGGAUAAGCCCGACGUUCCUCUGAUAAUCAGCUCUACAAAGUUCAUCGUUAACAUUCUUCUUGAUUUUCUUAUUAUUUCAAAAUUCCAUGUCGGUGGUCAUACCCCAACAGUCAACCUGCAGGCGAGCAUUCGCCUUACAUGCGAUAUGGUUUCUGCAAUGUCAGGGGUCACUUAUUUCGUAUAUUCCACCUGGGCUCAACAAGGUGAUUAUGUUCGGCUCAGAGCUUGGAUGAGUUCCAGUAUUCGGGCGCUGUCAGUCCUGCUGCCGCCGGGUAUUGCGACGUUUCUUGAAUCAACAAUCCGGAAUACUUUGUAUCUGUGGCUCGUGAGUGGUAUCGUGUCAAAGGGCUCUGACUACGCGACUGCAUGGGGGUGUUCAACACGAACCGUUGGGGACGUGAUGGUGCCUGUCCAAGCGUUGGAGGCAACCUCCCUCACCUUCACCAGCCACGCUUGGGGAAAAUGGAGGAAGACGAUUGGGGUUGAGAGCCGCCGAACCAAAUGCUCCCAGGAGGACUUACUCAGUAACGUGCAUGCCAUUGUUUCCCGGUCGAGAUUCCGCUCUGCAUACGGAGUACUUCUCGGAUUAUUCGGCUGCCGGCCAUUUGCGUACUACUUGAGCGGAUCCCGAGCCGUAUCGGAGAUCACAGCUCACAUGGGGCGAACAAUUGAUUGUCUCGACACAGCUAGCUGCAAUUCUCCUUGCCACCAGGCCCCGUUGGUACCUGAGUCUCUGGCUUCGAACAUUCUUUACGUGCUCCCCUGGGCAAUCGUCUGCCAAGUGGCGAACCUGAGUGCAAAGAAUGCAUGGACGUAUCAUAGCCUCGUGUUUGGGGGAAGUCUCGUCUUUUCAUUCUUCGCGAUUGUUGUCAUCGAUGGGCUUUGGGCCUGGUGUCUUUUGACAGGAAGAGUGUAUUUGGAAACAUUUCGUGAUUCUGGAGAAAAUCAGCUCCCCCCCAAGCAAGCCGAGCUCCAGCCUCUGGUCUCACAGCAGUCGAGACAGACGACGAACAUGAAGGCGACUAUUCUCUACGCUGGCCUCUUCAGCGCCCUUUUGGUUCGUGGCAAAGAUGUGGAUGGCCCUGAAGACGUUGGUCACUUUUCACAAGCUAAAAAAUCAUUACGUACCACUGCCAUUCUUCGCGCCAAGUCUUUCUUCCCUGCCCCUCACGGGCGACAUCACUGGCAGCACCAAUGCACAAUUCAGGCUUCCCUAGCCGUCUCUGGACAGGGGCCAGAGUAUGGGCCGCCUCGUCGUGAGGAGCGGUCAUCAGAAUACGGGUUACGAGGCAAACGGCGCCAAAGAGUCGAAAGGUUCGACUCGACCUCUCCAACACCCAAUCUGACUCAACGUACUUCCGAUUUCGCAGAAGGGUUGGCUCCCUGCCCUCCUCCACAAGAGCAUGUAAAGCGCUUCGGCAUUGGGGUAAGCGGUGAAAGUCGACCCAACAACGACUCGUUCGCCGGUCAAAUUGCACCAACCACAAGCUCACAGGGGCCCCAGUUUAAGAUUGCCAUUGCCAAUAACACUGGAUAG